GUCCGCCCUGUUUCGACGAAUGCAAUCAACCUGGCGUGCACAAUCAAAUAAGAUCAAAUAGAACAAAUUGUCCCACAACUUUAGGCUGUGCACGCCAAACGUAAGAAGUAAGCUACCCGAGUGAAAUAUCUAAAUGCUUGUCUUUGCACCCCUUUAACACAUAAACGGUCUCUAACUCAGUGAUAUUGUUAAGUUAUGCCAUGUUAAUUAACACUUCCCUUUUCUUCUUUUGAUUGGAUUACAACGGUGAAUUUCGAUUUUCUACUCCUCCAACCUGCCCUUAAUCCAUCCAAAAGGAACCCUUUUAUUCAGGAGCACGAUCAAUAAACAGACGUAAGAAGCUUAAUCGCCUCUUCCUAAUUAAAAUCGAACUAAUUUAACUCUCCACCCACUUGGUUGUAAACAUUGCCGCUCCUUUAAAGGAGUUUUAAAAACGAUGCUUGGCCGUUCACAUUAUUGGUAUAGAUUGAUACGAUGGACAGCAUAGAUGUGGUGGACCGAAGAACCUGUUCCCUCGUCCACGUUUCCACGACGUAUCCUAUAGGUUCCCUGGUUAAUUUUGAAACCACGCUGCCGGGGUGGAUCGGGAAAAGCCAGUGAACAGAUUGCCGGACGGACUCCGCCAUCGCGCCAAUAUAAACGGGCCCGAUCGUCCCUCACGUCCCGCCGUUCCAUUCCUGCCGCGCGCCAUUAACGGUCGCUAUUGUCGCUCGGUCGCCAUUUUAACCAAGAUACACCAUGAAGCUAUAAUGGGUUCAAGAUCAUUGAAUGGACAUUUUUUAUAAUAACAAAAUAGCAAUUGCCUCUGAAGAACUUGUCAUGUCAUCAAAGGAAGAAAAAGGGGCCUUGCAUGAACGUACAUGUGUGAAUCCUCAGCCACCAGAAUACUGCAAUCCAAAUAAAACCAGGAGCAUGACAAAUCAGUUGCAAUAUUUGCAGAAAGUGGUGAUUAAAGCUUUGUGGAAGCACCAUUUUGCAUGGCCAUUCCAGCAGCCUGUUGAUGCUGUGAAGCUGAAUUUGCCUGAUUAUUAUCAAAUAACAAAGAAGCCAAUGGAUUUGGGUACAAUAAAAAAACGUUUGGAAAACAAAUAUUAUUGUCAAGCUAUGGAGUGUAUAGAGGACUUAAAUACAAUGUUUACCAACUGCUAUGUAUAUAAUCGGCCGGGUGACGAUAUAGUUCUCAUGGCACAAGCACUGGAGAAGCUGUUUCUACAGAAGGUGGCAAAAAUGCCACAAGAGGAAAUAGAGCUUUCAAUGGCUAAUAAAAGAGGAACACGCAGAAAAGGGAAAGGGGCAGCCGUGUCCUCAACUGUGCAAUCAAAAUUAUGUCCACCUGCUUCUGAAGUGCAAAUUCAGAAACCAGUGCUAUCAAUCCAAACAGAAACAACUUCAUUACCAAUUACUUCAGUUCCUCCUCUAAUUUCAGCAAGUCAACCAGUUAUAAAAGUAAAGAAAGGUGUAAAAAGGAAGGCAGAUACUACAACACCGACUACUACUUUCAAUACAAGUAGUGAACCCUUGCCAAGAAAGUCUACAAAAAACUGUUCUCAGAAGUUAACCAGUCAGCCCAUCAAGUUACCAACAAAGGAUCUACCAGAUUCUCAACAUCAAGCUGGAAAGAGUGAAAAAAUAAUGGAACAUUUGCAGGAUUGUAAUAACAUUCUCAAAGAAAUGCUAGAAAAGAGGCAUGCUACAUAUGCUUGGCCUUUCUACGAGCCUGUGGAUGCCAAAGCAUUGGGACUUCAUGAUUACCAUGAUAUUGUUAAACAUCCCAUGGACCUUAGUGCUGUGAAAAGAAAAUUGGGCAACCAAGAAUACAAAGAUAGAGAAGAGUUUGCUGGAGAUGUGCGACUAAUGUUUUCAAACUGUUACAAGUAUAAUUCACCAGACCAUGAAGUUGUGAUCAUGGGCCGAAAACUUCAGGAUGUUUUUGAGAUGCUUUUUGCUAAAAUACGCAAGGAUCCUGUAAAAAGUGCAGUUUUGGCACAAUCUACAACUUGUAUCACUGAAUCAGCAAGUGACAAUGGUGGUGAGAGUUCCUCUGCUGAAAGUACCUCCCAAAGUUCAGGAAAAGAGCAGAAGAAGUGCCUUGCUCAGCUUCAGGACCAGUUGAAAGCAGUACACGAGCAACUUGCGACAUUAACACGGACCCCACUCUCUAAAUUGAAGAAAAACAGAGUCAAAAAAGGAAAAAAGAAAAAAGAUAAAAAGAAAACAAAGAAUAUUGAACAGAAGAAAGUACAAUCGAAGCAGUUGCGGCAAAAAAUAAUCAAGAAAGGCUCUUUGGAAAGCAGGCAGUUAAAGAAAAAGAAGCAACGAGCUUCUGUUUACGAUUCAGAAGAGGAUAAUGUUAAGCCAAUGACUUAUGAUGAAAAGAGGCAAUUAAGUCUUGACAUAAAUAAGCUUCCUAGUGACAAACUGGGGCGUGUCGUCCACAUAAUACAAUCAAAGGAGCCAUCCUUGAGAGACUCUAAUCCAGUCGAGAUAGAAAUUGACUUUGAAACUUUAAAACCCUCUACGUUAAGAGAGCUGGAAAGAUAUGUUAUGGCAUGUCUAAGAAAGAAACAAAAAAAACUUGAUUCUAAGAAAGCUCCAGGAAGAUCUAAAGAAGAAAUUCAAUCGGAGAAAAAACAAGAGCUGGAGAAAAGAUUACAGGAUGUGAGUGGACAUCUGAAUUCUGGAAAGAAAGAAACAAAAACAUCAGCUCGGAAGAAUAAUGCAGCAGAAGAAAUGGGUGAAAUUUCCCGAUUAAGUGAGACCAGCAGUUCCUCAGACUCUGAAAGUGACAGCAGCACCAGUGACUCUAGUUCUUCACUUAACAGUGAUUCUGAACCAGAAACAAUAUCAAAACCGAAGUGGAGCAAAUGUACCAAUAUUCUCAUUAAGGAGGAAGAAAUGGUAACUUUAAAAAACAUUAUCAUUGGAAUUGUCAAAAUAUUCGGGUUCCUAAGCUUGUCUUUUCCCUUCCCAAAGCACAGCCACCUAAAUUACAAGUUGAAUUAUUCCUUGUAUCAACCAGCAUUGGAUUCUGUUCCUCAAGUGCAACCAUUGCAUGUCAAAAAAGUACCCGAAUCACAACAUACGUGCCGUCAUUCUAUUUUGUUUGAUAAACAGCAAAGAAAGAUGCAGCAUUCUCAGCCACAACAAUUUGUUCCAUUUGCAGGACCAGCAAAGAUUAUUUCGUCACCAGGACUUGCUCCAGUUCUAUCACCGUUGCAGUCACCGCCUUUGUUGCAAGUUGUACAUCUAUCAGUCAAGCGUGCUUUUCAAUCCAUUCACCCUAAAAAAGCAAAGACUUUAUGCAAUGCAGAAGAGGAAGCUAAAUGCUUACCAAUUCAUCAGACCAUGCCAGCUCCUGAAAAAUGCAGCGGGUCUACCACACUACACAAAAAUAUGGAGCACAUCCAUCCAGAUGAAACAAGAGCAAAUGAUAACUUUAAAAUUGUGCCAGAACCUACAUCCUCACUUACCCCAAAGAAGGAAGUAGAGGUCAAGAAUGCAAAUUCCUGGGCAAGUUUGAGCAAAAUGGUGACACCCACAUCAUUGAUAAAAUCUUCCAGCGAAAGCUUCAAGUUGUUCAGGAAAGCAGCAUUGGAAAAAGAAGAACAUGAAAAAGCUUUAAAAACUCGAGCGGAAAUCAAAAGACGGCAUCUUGUGCAAAUUGGUAGUGAAGAAAGGAAUAAGGUGACAUUCACACAAAGAGCGCAUGGGAAGGAAAUUGGCCUUGAAUCCACUUCAUCAGGUCAAGACGGGCCCUGUGAGCAAACGUCUGAGCAGAAAAUACCAGAAGACCAUGAAGCGCAACAAAACAGAAAACUAGCCAGAAAACUGGAGCAAGAGCGGAGAAGGAGGGAAGCAAUGGCAACAACAAUUGACAUGAAUUUACAGAGUGAUAUUAUGGAAACAUUUGAAGAAAAUCUAUAUUAGAAAUCUUGACAAUCUUUGUUCAUGUUAAAAUUCUAGUCGUAUGAUGGCUGAAAUAAUCAGAAUUGACUGAUUUGGAGUUUCCAAUAUUAAAGUAUAUAAUGGAUACCAAACUGAUAAUUAACAAAUCCUUAUCAGAGCUUAAUCUCCAAAUGGUUAUUGAAAUGUUCCUUGAAUACAGAGGAUGAUGAUGAAUCCUAUUUAUAUAGAAUUUAA